AUGAGAUUUAGCAAAAUAAAGAUAAAUAAUUACCUUUUUAUAAAAAGAUGUGCUAAUAUUAAAAGGGAAUCGCUCUAUAAUUAUCAUAAACUUACAAAAGAAAAUGAUGUAAAUUUAUUUUUUAAAAAUAUAAAGAAUGAAAAAGAAAAAUGUUUUAAGAGUAAAUUAAAUAUGAAUAAAUCCCCAUAUGUAAAUAUUAUGAGUAAAAAUAUUUUCUUGAUUCAAGAUAAAUGUGAUUCAAAUAAAAAAGUAAAUUUUAAUUAUUAUAAUAAUAUACUAAAUGAAAAUAAGUUUAAUGCAAUAAAAGAAAAUUUUAUAAAAAAAAGUGUAAGAAAAAGUUGCUUUUCUACUCAAUCGAACGGUUUAAGAGAAAAUGAUAUAUUUCAAAAUAACAAAAAUAAUGAAAACUCAAAAAAAGAAGAAUCACAAGAAAAAAUAAAAAAAGAAAUACAAUGUGAUAGCAAUAAUUAUAAUAAUAGUAAUAAUAAGAAGAAAAACGAUAAUGAUAAUAAUAAUAAUACAAGUAAUAGUAUAAAUAAUGAUAAUAAUAAAUCUGAAAGUAAAUAUAAUUCAUUUGGAAAUUCAGAAGAUAUAAAUAUGAUUAAUAUGUUAAAAAAAAAAAAAGUGAAAAAAAAUGAUAAUGAAAAUAAAUUAAUGAAAAUUUUUAAUAAGAGUUCAAAUGUAAUGCGUUCUUUAUUUUCUUACUUAAAAAAAGGGUGCUGGGAAAUAAAAAAUGUCAUAUUGCAACCAUCUUUAUUAAUUGUUUAUUAUAAUAAUAUGAAAAAAAAUGUAAAACAUACAUUAGUUUGGGUCAAAACAGGCAUUCUUCUAUUUUUAACGAAUAUGAAAAUAUCAAAAAACUUAAUUAUUAAGAGACUAAAAGGGCACAGACUAUCUUAUUCUGAAUAUAAAUUGUUGAUAAGAACAAUGAAUGAUAUGUUUAAAUUAAUUCCAUUUUCAUUUUUUAUUAUUAUUCCAUUUGCUGAAUUUUUACUUCCUGUCUUUUUGAAAAUAUAUCCGAAUUUAUUGCCUUCUACCUUUAAAAAUGAUGAUAAUUUUAAUAACAUAAAAAAAAAUUUAUAUGCAAAGCAGCAGUUGGCAAAAUUUUUACAGCAGUUAAUUGAGGAAAAAGAAAAACAGUUAAACGAAAACAUUGAUAUAGAUUCAGAUAAGAAAAAAACAAUUUUAAAUAAAUUUCAUCAGCAAUUAAUUAAUAAGGAUGAAGAAGAUAUUAAUCCAUUUUUAAGCGUAGCAGAUACAUUAAAGAUAGCAAAAAUUUUUAAAGAAGAUUUCGUAUUAGAUCAAAUGAAUUUAAAAACAUUACAAACAAUAUGUCAUUUACUAGGUUUAAAGCCAUAUGGAAUGCAUUAUCAUGUAGUUUUACAGCUAAGACAUCAUUUUUUGAGAUUACAGAGAGAAGAUAGAGAAUUAAUUUAUGAAGGAGUUGAUAAUUUAAAAAAAAAUACAUUAAUAGAAAUUUGCAAGGAUAGAGGUAUGAAUUUUAAUACAUCAGAAAAAGAAAUGAAAUUACAAAUCCAGCAAUGGUUGCAAUUAGCUAGUAUAAAAGAAGUCCCAUAUAUAUUACUUUUGUAUAUUAGAUGUGUAGUUGUUACUCAUGCUAUAAUGGAUAUACAUGAUUCUAAUAAAAUAUCUAAUAUACCAAAUGAAAAAAAUGCCAAAUCAUCAAAUAUAAAUGAUAAACAAAAAUUAAUUCAAGAAGCCAAAGAAAAAUUAGAUGAUUUAAAAAUGAAAGAAGAAGAAAUUAAAAAAAAUAUUAACAAAGAGACAGAUGAAGAAAUUACUGAGCAUAAAGAAAAAAAAAUGAAAAUGCAUUUUCUUAAAAAAAACAAAUAUAUGCAAAAUGAAUUAAACUUGUUAAAACACAUUUGUGAUUUGCAGCAUAAAGAAUUGAAAAUUGCCUUCACAUCAUUAACUGAUUUAGCUGAAAAAAAGCAAUCAUGUGAUAUUAAUGAAAUAAUAAAAAAUAUGUCUGCAAGAUUGUUAGACAUUGAAAAACACAUAAGUGAAUUAAAUGCUCAUAAGCAAGUAGAAAUGGAUGAAUACUUUUAUCCUGAAGAUGAGAAAAGUGAUGAUAUUAUGAAUUUAAAAAACUAG